UUAUAGUGCGGAGACGCUCCUCUCUCCUAAAGGCCCCCUGUCCUUUGCAGCGAUGCUAUGCGUGGAUAAACACAAGCCAUUCUAUGUUUGCAUACUGAAUGUGUUUUUUUCACCCUCAAUCCAGUGACGUAAGUUCUAAAAUGCUUUUAUAUUGAGUGAGAGCAUUAUUCGUCGGCGCGUCAUCGUCAAAUGCGCGCGCCCGUACGAAAUCCUCAAACCCUGCAGAAAGACACACGGGGCUCGUAUUGUUACAGAAGCAGAGUGGAGUGCCACACGUGAAUGAUCGCCACUGGAGAGAUGUAACCACAGUCAUACCUACACUGGAUAGUGGAAAUGCAUUGAAAUGACCUGGAUCUGGCACAAAUUAAUUUAAGUCUGGUGUCAAGCAACAGAUAAUUAACGAGGGAAUGGUGGAGCUCAGAUUUUCUUGAUACAACCCAUCCUUUGCAGGUCACAGCACAGACGGACACACCAUGGAUCUCCUUUGGGUUCUGUACUCCAUGCUGACUGUAUGUAUGGCCAUCAAUAUGGAAGCUACCGGAAGCCAUAGCAUGUUUACCUGUGAGCCUAUCACUUUAAGGAUGUGCCAGGGUCUUGCCUACAAUACCACCUUCAUGCCUAACCUUCUAAAUCACUAUGAUCAGCAGACCGCUGCUCUCGCCAUGGAGCCCUUUCAUCCCAUGGUGAACUUGGAGUGUUCUACUGAAAUACGGCCGUUCCUGUGUGCCCUUUACGCACCCGUGUGCACCGAGUACGGCCGCGUGACCCUGCCAUGUCGGCGCCUGUGCCAGCGUGCCAAGAGCGAUUGCUACAAGCUGAUGGACAUGUUUGGGGUCACCUGGCCAGAUGAGAUGGAGUGUAGCAGAUUUCCAGACUGUGAUGAGUCUUACCCCCGAACAAUAGACCUGCUCCCGAGCAGUGACGGGACGGAGGAAUCUCCCUCAUCAGUUCAGCGGGACUAUGGCUUCUGGUGCCCACGAGAGCUGAAGAUUGAACCUGAUUUGGGCUACUCGUUCAUGGGCGUGCGUGACUGCUCACCUCCCUGCCCGAACAUGUACUUCCGUGAAGACGAGCUCAUCUUCGCCCGCUAUUUCAUUGGCGUUGUCUCUAUAGUCUGCCUGUCGGCGACGCUCUUCACUUUCCUGACCUUCCUCAUCGAUGUCGGGCGCUUCCGUUACCCUGAGCGGCCCAUCAUUUUCUACGCGGUCUGCUACAUGAUGGUAUCCCUAGUCUUCUUCCUGGGCUUCCUGCUGGAGGAUCGCGUGUCAUGCAACGCAGCAAGCCCGGGUCGUUUCCGCGCCUCCACCGUCACCCAGGGCUCUCACAACAAGGCCUGCACGCUGCUCUUCAUGACGCUGUACUUCUUCACCAUGGCUGGAAGCGUUUGGUGGGUCAUCCUCACCAUCACCUGGUUCCUGGCGGCCGUUCCCAAAUGGGGAAGUGAAGCUAUCGAGAAGAAGGCUUUGCUGUUCCAUGCGGUGGCUUGGGGCAUCCCGGGAGCCCUUACCAUCACCCUCAUGGCUAUGAACAAAAUAGAAGGUGACAGCAUGAGCGGCGUUUGUUUCGUGGGGCUCUAUGACCUCAUGGCCUUGCGCUGGUUUCUCUUGGUGCCUCUCGCAUUGGAUGUGGUCGUAGGCGUGGUGCUGCUGUUAGCGGGUAUUGCAGCGCUGAAUAGGGUCCGGAUGGAGAUUCCUCUGGAGAAGGAGAACCAGGACAAACUGGUGAAGUUCAUGAUCCGGAUCGGCGUGUUCUCCGUCCUGUAUCUGGUGCCUCUGCUGACAGUCAUUGGAUGCUAUCUGUAUGAGCAGAGCCACAGAUCAGUUUGGGAGACCACCUGGGUACAGGAGCGCUGUAGAGAGUAUCACAUCCCCUGCCCGUUUAAGGUGGAACAGACAAGCAGGCCAGAUAUCGCCUUGUUCCUCAUCAAGUACCUGAUGAUGCUGGUGGUGGGAAUCCCGUCAGUGUUUUGGGUCGGCAGUAAAAAGACCUGCUUCGAGUGGGCCAGUUUCUUCAAUGGGCAUCGCAGAAAAGACAGCACAGUGCACGAAAGCAGACAGGUGCUACAGGAGCCCGACUUCACCCAGCUCCUCCUCAGGGACCCCAACACCCCAGUGGUGAGGAAGUCUAGAGGCACCUCAACGCAGGGCACCUCCACCCACGCCUCCUCCACGCACCUUGCCAUGUUGGACGAGCCCCCCAGUGCCAGCACCAGCCGCGCGGGCAGCAUGCGCAGCAAAUCAAGCAGCUUCCACGGCAGCCUGCACCGCUCCAGAGAUGGCAGGUACACAGCUUGCAGUUAUCGUGGUGUUGAGGAACGCACCCCACGCCUCGAUGAUCCGCUCCAGCACUGCAGCGUCAACCGUCUCAACAGCCAUUCACGGCACGGCAGUCUGCAGCGCCUGGAGAGCCAAUCACGGCACAGCAGUGUGCGAGACCUCACCAUCACAGCACAGGCCAUCCAAAGCAGCCCUGGCAAUGGCAUUCACCGCGUUGUAGGGGAGGAUGCGACCAUGGCGUGAACUUUAACGUGGCAGCAAAUAGAGACCAAACGAGUAAAGAGAACAUGGACUCUUGGCACAAACUCCUCAUGAUGGAUAGCACAAAUACGAGAGCGUUCAAACACAGUAUGCCAUGUGUGUUCCCCGGGAACUGAACCUUACAGAUAGUUGAGCUACAUGAACGAAAUGGACUUCUUGAAUUCAGAAAUUGUAAAGUUGCAUUAUGGAUUAUACCAAACACUUGAAAUCUUUUGAUGUACACUACCAUUCAAAAGUUUGGGGUCAGUACUUUUUUUUUUCUUUUAAAUAAAUUAAUUUUGCAAUGAUGCAUUCGAUCGAUCAAAAGUGAUAGUAAAUAUAUUCUAAAUGUUACAAAAAUUGCUAUUUCAAAUAAAUGCUCCAAAUCAAAUAAAUGCAGUUUUGGUGAGAAUAAUAGACCUCUUUCAAAGCAUAUCAUUGGAAUCUUACCAACCCCUAACUUUUGAACGGUAGUAUAUACAUGUACUGUUAUCUUUUCUCAAGUAAAUCUGUGUGGAACCUCAUAAUCAAGGGUUCCUACUUUAACAGGGUCAAACGUCAGGGCUUUUGAUACGUUAUCAUUCUGUGAUGUUUAGGCUCUUGCCGUUUUCUACUCACAUGAUAUAAACUUUGUUGUUCCACUGCGGAUGUGGUUUUGAAUGUUUCUUUCCAUUGUUUAUUGCACUUUUGACCAUUUUGUAGAACAGAACUAGUGAUGAAUGCUGACAUAUCUGCACAUUUGGGUUCAAUUUAAAUGGAUGAUUCACCCAAAAAUGAAAACUUUGUCAAAUUUACUCAGCAUUGUGACAUUUCAAACAUGUAUGAUUUUCUUUUUUUCCCGUGGAAGACAAAAUGAAUUUUGCAGAAGAGUUUAGCAGAAUUUACAAGCUUCUCUUUUCCAUACAAUGAUAGUGAAUAGUGGCCAAAAGCUACAAAAAAUGACAAAAAGCACUGUAAAAAUGACUUAUGUGAAUAACUUUCCAAGUCUUCUGAUAUGUGUGGGGGGGGAAUGAAAAACAUUUAAGUCAUUAGUCAGUCAAUAAUCGUUUCCAGUGCCAGUGCCCUGAAGUUGAGGUUGAGAAAAUAAUUUUUUUUUUAAUGUGAAAUAUCCCUUUGAAAAGCAUAAAGAGCUGAAUAUAAAAAGCAAAAAACUUUAUACAUUUUUUUUUUUUAGAAUAGAUAUUUUAGGCAUUUUACGAAUAGAAAUUGGCUUAUCCUUUCCAACCAAGCUCUUUUCUUUUGAGUUUUAGCACUAAUAAUAAUAAUUAGUCAAGUCAUUUUCAUGACAUUUACCGAAAACUGUGAAAACCUUUUUGUUAACAUGCUGAGAUCCUGAGUGCUUUUUGUACAAAAUAAAACAUCACUCUCAAAACUUU